GCGUACAGUAACAUGACAGCGGCUAGCAAACAUCUCAUCUGCCUGGCUCAACGACGUUAUGGUUUCGCUAGCUGCGUGUUUUUGUCCUGUUUUUGAAUAGUUUUCCUCAUUUGCACGCAGCUACAGCUUAGCACGUGCAGCUCGAGCUGUUUAACAAGUAGCCAGAUCGUUUGUCACGCUUAAAAUACCGAAACCAGCGAUUGUUUGGACUUUUGGAGGCCGUGCAUUCAUUUUAAAACCUAUUUUCAGCACAAUUUUUCCGCGACCAAUCAAGAUUUUUUUCUUUUUUAUUCUAUACAGCAUAUUAUUGCCUACCACCUCGCUUAAAAGGCACAUCAAAUUGACGUUUUAUUUUAUAACAACAGCGAGAAUUGCGGUUGAACGCUGUUUGUUUUCCAGCCAGCUACCAGCACAGCAGCACCAAAGCUCUGCAAAUAAUAUCACCAGCUGCUCAAAUACACUUUUUUUUUUUGUCUGUGUGACAAGCUAUACAAUCUGGCAACCAGUGUCCUCAUCAGGUCGAUCUGACUAACCUGUCAAUCCAUUGUUUUUAUUUUGCUCAUUUAUUUCCAGACUCAGCGGUGCUCUCUAGUUAACAGCGUUUGCUGUCACUAUCAGAGCCUAAAAUUGACCAAGUACAGAGAACUAAAGCUGUGAGCUCCUAUCUGUUAGACAGCUCAUCUAUAAAAGUCUUUAGACCUUCCUGAGUGUCACCACUUACAUGCUUUCAGGAAGAGUUGCCAGAUUUUGCAAACCUGGAAGGGUUUCUGUUGUUGUCCGUGUCGUGUUCUUCUCACAGUUUUAACAACUGAUGUCCAACAUCUCGUUUAAUAUGAACAGGACUAGUUAAUUGUAGUUAUUUUCGGCAGCUGAGGGACAUUUUUAUUCGGUUUUUAUCAUUCAUCAUUUUCGAAACCAGCGUGUUAAUUUGUAAUUUUUUUUUGUCCAUUCGUUUUUACACAUCUUUUAUCAACAUCACCCCUCACAUCUAAACAUUUCCCUCGCUGCCUUGUACAAAAUAAUUCAUUUAGUAAAUUCGCCUGACAGGAUUUUUGUUCAAACUCUGAACGCUGGAAGAGGAAGAAGCGUGAAGGAACGAAAGGCUGCUGCUUGUUUUUUUCCUCGUUUAUAUCUGACCCGGAUUGUCGUUUUAUAUCGUUGUUUAUUGCUUAAAAUGACGGCUAUCGAGAAACUGCAGAUGUUGAUCGAAGCAGCUGAAUAUCUUGACCGAAGAGAAAGAGAAGCAGAGCACGGUUAUGCCUCCAUGUUACCCUUCACCAGCAACAAAGAGAGGGAUGGCUUGAAGCGAAAAAUCAAAAGCAAGAAAAAUUGCAGCAGCAGGUCUACACACAACGAGAUGGAGAAGAACCGGAGGGCACAUUUACGGCUGUGUUUGGAGCGCUUGAAAUCCCUCGUGCCCUUAGGACCAGAGUCAAACAGGCACACAACCCUCAGCCUGCUCAUGAGGGCCAAGGAACACAUCAAGAGGUUGGAGGACAGCGAGAGGAAGGCCCAGCACACUAUAGACCAGCUGCAGAGAGAACAGCGGCACCUGCGCAGGCGUCUGGAGCAGCUGGGUGUGGAGCGCACACGCAUGGACAGCAUGGGCUCCACCAUCUCUUCAGACAAAUCCGACUCCGACCAAGAAGAGGUGGAUGUUGACGUGGAGGGCACAGACUAUCUGCUGGGUGACCUGGAGUGGAGCACCAGCAGCGUGAGCGACUCGGACGAGCGGGGAAGCUUGCGCAGUAGCUGCAGCGAUGAAGGCUAUUCCAGUGCAAGUCUCCGUCGCCUCGCCAAUUCUCAGGAGAACAGCCUGGUGCUGGCCUGCAGUCUAUAAGAGCACAGAUCACUCCUAGGCCACUCAUCCCGCACCACUUCAACCUGUACCUCCAGUCACCUACGCACGGCUCCUCCUCCUCUAACACUUGAAAGGUGUCAGCUCCUUCACAGCUCUUAUUCUUGCUCCAGUCCAAAGGAGGAAACACGGGAGAAAAGUAUUGGAUUUGGAUGAGCCGCUCACCAACCAGACCUCAUAUAUGCCGCACUGACAUCCCCUCACCUUCGCCCAAUCAGAUCUUCCCACUAGCGAUGCGCAUUAUUAUUGUAAAGUUUGAUCAAAUCAGCUGAUAAUGUUAGCUUCGGAUAUGUUAGAAUGAUAUUGAAAUUCUGCCUUGCCGAUUAGAUGAUGUUGAUUUAUGACACUGCAGUAACUUAAUUGUCCACUAGGAGUAGCUAGCAGUAAGAUUUACAUUCACAAAAGUUUCAUUGUUUAUAAUUGCCAGAUUUAAAACGCAGAUUUGACUCGAUGUAUGAUGUACAACAUCAGUAAUCUAUUUAUUAACAGUCACCACCCUCUCCUGGUCCCGGUGACCACCCAGUAAGACUAUUCGUAUGAAUGGAAUCUGUCGAAAGGCCCGUUCACACCGUUCGUGUUUUCACAUCGUGUUUUCCUUCGAUGUUUAAUGUCUCGUGACUAAAUAAAGGGCGGCAAUGUGAUCGUGCACACCAACGCGCAAAACAACAGGCGUCAUUUUUUUUUAAAUGCCUCAUGCUCGUUUUCUUUUCCACCAUCUAGAUUGCCACUGUUGUUCACAUGCCUGGAGCUGGUAAAGUUAAAGUAAACAGCAUUUGGAGGUGCUCAAGCACAAAACUUUCAAUGCGAGCACACAUUAAAGAAGAUGCCCAGAGGCAAUAUGAACGUAGCGCUGCUUAUUGCACUGGUAAACAAAAAUAAUUUGUUCAUCGCUAGAGCUGGAGCUGCUACUUGAACCAUCCAUGCUUAUUUGAAUAACCAGUAACUUUAACAAACGUGUCAACUUUCUGUCUUCUUCUGUGUUACAAGCGGGUGUCAGAAGCUUUUGGGUUCGAUUGGGUUUGAAUCCGGAAAAACAUCUCGAAAACGCUGAAGAUAAACGCAAAAGAAAAGCAUCCCGGUGUCUACGAGCCUUAAGGUUGUUUUCACACCUGCCUUAUUUAGUUCGGUUGAAUCACACUAGAGUUCGUUUUUCCUCUUGAUGCGGUUCGUUUGGGCAGGUGUGAAUGUAGCAGUUGCACUCGAGUGCACACCAAAAGCGGACCAAAAAAGUGUACCAAGACCUCUUUAAAUAGUUGGUCUUGGUACGCUUUCAGACUAACCGUGGAGCAGUUAAUUUGUGUUGAGAACAUGAUCCGAACUAGAUGACUCUGAAGUGGUUUGCAAUUCGCUUUCGCCGCAUUAAAAUGCAUUAAAAUGCAUUAAAACAGUUUUCCAGCCACAGCUGCACUUCAUUUUCAAAAAUGGAUAGUUUAUCUAAAGUGACGUAUACAAACUAUAUAGUAUACUGUGACCAGAGAUACAGUCAGCCAGCACAGUCGUCCCUCUAUAGUAUAAAGCGACAUUUUGUGUCUGCCGGUUUGUGCACUUGCGGGAGUUCUGUUAGCAUUUUCCGGCACGUUAAUUCUGACCAUUCGAAAGCAAUUUAGAAAAAACAUCUGGCCAAUUAGUGAUGUGGAUUUUGUCACAUGACUGCAUUUUGGGUUUUUUCAACUGGUUCGGACCAAAGCAAUCCGUGUGGUGUGAAAAGGAGCUAAAAACGGCAGAAAACUGCUACAAUGUAGUUUAUGUUGUUCUUAGUCUAGACCAAAUGACCCGAACCACUGAUGUGAAACACCCUGAAAGGAGAAACCAUUUUUCCCCAAUCAGCCUCCUCCAAGGGUUCUAUAAAGUCUGCUUACGAGGAAAUAAGAUUUAUUCUGAGGACGCAGAAAUUUUUUUAAAAGUAAAAUACUAAAAAUGAGUUUUGUUUUAUUAGUUUGAAGUUAGUUCUGUUCCGAUUAAAGGGUUAGUUCGCUUAAAAAUCGUGUCAUAAUUUACUCACAUUUCACUUGUCCAAAACCUGUUUUACUUUCUUUUGUCUGUUGAACACAAAAGAAGUUAUUUUGAAGAAUGCCGGAAAACAGCUACCAUUGACUUUUAUAGUAUUUGUUUUUCCAACUAAGAAAAAUGGUUACAGGUUUCCAGCAUUCUACAAAAUAUAUUCUUUUGUGUUCAACAGAAUAAAGUAACUCAUAAAGGUUUGCAACCACUUGAGGUUUAGUAAAUCGUGAGUAAAUAUUGAGUAUUGUGAGUAAAUCGUGAGUAAAUAUUUGUUAUUCAUUAUCAAUUAGCAUUGAUUGGUGUCAUCAAAUCAAGUCUGAUUUGAUUUAAUAAACAAGAGCUGCAGGUUAUGGAGAAUAAACAUUACAAACCUGACACUUAUAAAACAAAAAUCAGCAUCAUCUAUCGGCAUAUAGGAGUGAAAACAUAACAGCCUAUCAGAUAUCAGCGCAAAACUAAUAUCAUGCAUCACUAUUCCCACUCAUUUGCCUUCGCUCCCACCCCAUCAUCCAGGAGAGAGGCACCCGAUUUGAGACAUUUCUCAUCCCGAAAGCCCCCCUAAAGACCCUUAAAGACCUCAAGCCAGAUGAAGAAUGUGUACCAUACCACACCCACUGCCUAUUCACUGUCGCUCUCUGGGACAAUCACACCCAGGCUGACUUACACAGCCCUUUAUGUUCCUUCAAACAAAACUGUACCGUCCAGACACAGGGCUGACCAGUAAGCUAACCUACCAGAGCAUGGUAUUUUGCACUUAGAUGACGACGUCCGUAGGAGUGGCCUUUUAUAACACUCCAGUUUUGCCUCAUCCUGCAUAAUAAUAACCAAGGACCGGACUUUGGGGUGAAAGCUGCGAGAUCAAAGCAAAAAAAGGGCUACUUCUACCGUCCAGGCAAGGAUCGCUUUGUGUCAAAAA